AUGUCAGUUUCAACCCUUUCAAGUGAGCUGUUGCUCCUGAUCGCACAGCAACUUGAAUCACAAAAUGACCUCAAAGCUCUGAUAGAAGUCGACCACCGCUUCUAUCAGCUGCUGAAACAUGUGCUGUAUCGAUAUGACCUUCACCGUCGGAACGGGGAUGGAGUUCUCCGAGCAGCCAAGCUAGGAUCCAUCUCUGCAGUAGCUCAGUUCAUCGAAGAGGGAUACCGUGUGAGGUUUCGACCUGCUCAUAGCCAGGAGCACCUCCCAAAUAUGGCUGGGGACGCGGUGCCCUGUUCGUGUCGAAUGGAGCAUCCAAUUCUGAAUGCUGCAGAAUACGGGCAUUCGGCGCUGGUCAAGUAUCUACUAAGCGAGGGCUCAGAGCCAGCCCUUGAAAACAACCUUGGCCAAACUCCCCUGCAUCUGGCGGCAAAGAACGGGUUUCUCUCGGUCAUCAAGAUUCUGUUGAGCGGGUCGACAUUUCCCACCCCCAAGGACACUAACUUCGCGUUGGCUCCUAUCAAAGAGGCUGCAUUCAGGGGACACACACACGUAGUUGAAUACUUUUUGUCUUCUCUUUCGAGCCCUAACAACUCGGCUUCUUCGUCUCUUCCCUUUGCUGCUGCGUCCGGUGAUACAGCCUUGGUAUCGGUGAUUCUUGGUUAUGGAGCAAAUAUCAAUCACAGGUACAUUGAAUUCCAUGGCCCCAGGGUGUCCAUAAAUCCGGAAGCAGGAAGAGGACACGAAUCAUCCGCACUAUCAGUGGCAGCCAGACAUGGCCAUCUGACAUUGAUGGACUUCCUUCUCAACCACGGCGCCAAGGUGAAUCUCAAAACUGGUCUCCGAAAUUCCCAUUUGUGGAAGACCCCCUUGAGCUCAGCAGUCAGGAGCGGGCAUGUCGAGGUCAUCAAGACACUUCUAGCCCACAGUGCCAAAAUCACGGAAGGAGAUUUAUGUACCGCAAUUUGGCAGAGCAGGAAGGAAGCGCUUAAGGUUCUACUCGCCAAGUUCGAAGUCAAGAAUUGUCAUUUCGAUCUCUUAGAUUUCGCAGAAAAGUUUGGCGAUGUUGAAUUUUACCAGAGUGUAUCGAACAAAGGCUUUGGUAAAAAAGGGACCAUCGCCAACGCAAGAGAAUCUGGUUAA